AAUUCCCAGGCGACGGACUGCAAUAAGAAAACGCCUUUUCGGGGAGGGGAGCACGUCUCCUGCUGUUGCAUUUAUCACAUCCACACCUUCGCUUCUCUGCUCAGACUUCGCAUAGUUUUAGUGUUUACGCCCCGGCGGUUUCCUAUGGGCUGCCUGGCUACGGGAACAUCAGAAACACAUUAGGCUGAACGUGUUCGGUAAAUGAGAACAACGAUUUUCUUACAUGUUAACAGAUGAUUAAUGCAACGCUUAGUUCCGCAGUGAAUAAUACUAUAAAUACAGAUUGGGGCAUGUGCUAUAUCAAAUCCACGUUCGUCCGUAACUUUUUAAAAACAUGAGCUGUUGAAUAGUUUAAAACUGAUAGUCCUUUGUUACUGCGCUAGUGGUUGAUUACUUUUACGGACCUGUUCAAAACGGUCCGCUUAGGUUUUGGGUCGCCGGCCCCCUUUGUUGCUUUAAAGGAGGUGGUGAGCUGCUUUGAGCCGACUGCCCCACCCCCGCCGUUUCCUGUAUCGGCGACUCUCUCGUCUUUUUCUCCAGUCUCCUUACUUCAUUGUGUGUGUGUGUGUGUGUGUGUGUGCGUGCGUGUCUGCGUACUUCAGCCACGAAAGAGCCACCCCAGGCGUCAAACAGUGGAGGCUCGCCUUUUCACAUGGAAAUGCGCUCCUGCCUCUCAUACGCGCCGAGGCAGCCGGAAUGCAAGGAGCUGCGUCUCGCUUAAACGAAACGGGAGCGGACCCUGUCUGAGGAAGAGGAGGAAUAAGAAGAGUGGCAAACUUAUUCAAAAAGCGGGAAUCUCUUAAAAUUGCAUGAAAAUAAACCCAGAAAAGACGUGUUCUCUAUGCUCGAUCGCAUGUUUGCAGCAAAUUUAGUGCAGAUCGACUCUUUUAAAUAGCCGCGGGCAUUUUUAAAAAGCGACAUUGCACUUAAAAAGGUACAGCAGUGAAUGCAUUAAGUGUCCACUAAAUUGCGCUUAGCUAAGCAUUACAUAUACAAGGCGGAUACCGCGCACUUCUUAGAAAUCCUUGGAUGGAAGUAAUCUAAUUGAAAACGUCUCUGGCCGUGGUUACUCCGUCUCUCCACGAUGGUCGGGCUGCUUCUGUUCGUAUGCGUUGGGGCGCUGCUCCGCGCAUCUCCGCUGAGCUCGGCGUGCCCGGCUGGGUGCGAGUGCUCGGAAGCCGCCCAGACAGUCAAAUGCGUCUCCAAGGAGCUGCAGAGCAUCCCGCCCGGGAUCCCCGGCUACGCCAGGAACCUGUUCAUCACCGGGAACCGCAUAUCCCGAAUCGCUCCAGGGUCCUUCAGGGGUCUAGAGAACGUGACCAACCUCUCGCUAAGCAACAACAGGAUCACUGAGGUGCAGUCUCAGGCCUUUUCCUCAUUGCGAGGCCUGCGCUCCUUGGACCUAAGUGGCAACCAGCUGUUUGUGAUCCACCCGGAGGCCUUUGUGGUGUCCGGCGGCUCCCUGCGAGAGCUCAACCUCAGCCGGGCUCUGUACAACCGCUCCUGCAUUGGCGACCUGGCCGUAGCUCUACGUUGGGGGGCACUGGGCAGCCUCCUGACCCUGGACCUGUCGGGGAACCGCCUGGUUCUCCUGCCUUCCAGCAUCUUCGGUCAUGUUCCUAACCUGCGUCGCCUUGUGCUGGCCAACAACUCCCUGGUGACCGUGCAUAACGGGAGCUUCUCUGGCCUGGAGCGGCUGGAGUUGCUUGACCUCACGCAUAACUCUUUGAAGACCUUCGGGGAGGAUGCCUUGGGGGAGUUUGAGCAGCUCUCUGGUGCCCUCUUGCUGCUGGGGGACAACCCUUACGCUUGCACCUGUGGCGUGGAGGAUUUCGCCGCCUGGCUCAACAGCUCCCGCGCGCACAUGACCGAUGCUGAGCGGUUGGUGUGCACAUCCCCAGCUGCGCUCCGUGGCACGCCAAUUUUGGGCCUGGGGGGUCAGAUCCUGGGCUGCCACGACGGCCCGGUGGGUGAGGGCGCCCGCCUGGCACUGCAGACCUCUUACGCCUUCCUGGGUGUGGUCCUGGGCUUCGUGGGUGUCAUCUUCCUCUUUGUGCUGUAUCUGAACCGCAGGGGCAUUAAGAAGUGGAUCGUGGACACGCGGGAUGCCUGCCGCGACGUGCUGGAAGGCUACCACUAUCGAUACGAGAUCGACUCGGACCCACGCUUGGCACACAUAUCGACCUCGGGGGAUUUGUGAUGCGCUGACUUUAGGGGGAGUGUUUCAUCCCAGACAGUUCAUAUAUAUAUGGAGGUUUGUAAAAUACAUGUAUGCAUAUCUGGUGUAUAAAUGUUUAUACAUUUUUUAAAAUGCACAUUUUUUUUUUGUAUAUGCAUGCAGAUGGCCUGUUAGAAAUGGACCUAAGUGCGUUGUUUAGAAUUCGGGGACCCCUCCCUUCCUCUUCUGAAGCAGGGUCUGCGUUAUACCUUGACUUUCUGAGAUCUCAUGAAUCCCAGGGUCAGGACAUGAUGAGAGAGAAGUCCGUUGUGCGGGGGGGGGGGGGGGAUUUUUGUGUGGUUGACCGGGGGUUACACCUUUGCGAUUCAGGCAACAUUACCCAGAUGUGUCAGUAUGCGGAAGCGGUGGAGUUCCCUGUUCGGUAGCUUCACCUUUUCUUUUCCUGUGGAUGGUUCAGAAUUGUCAAUCACUCCUACCAGGGGGCAAGUGUCCUGUGAAAUACUGGACCAAAUUUAGCAGCGAUUUCACAACUUUCCGCUGUUCCUGCACCUCUGCCCUUAGGGUACUUUAUGGGACGGUAGCGGACAUUCAGCCGUGGGCGUGAGUGACAUCUUGCCUGGACGUGGUACGGGAUCAGGUUUAGCUCCCUGGAUAAAAGCUCAGGUCUCACUCUCACAUACCGGACUGGAGCCUUGAGCUCAGCCCUCCCUCACACACGAUCGCUGAUGUUCCCUCACGAUGAAGAACUACAGUAGAAAUGGUCGUUCUCUGAUUCAUGGUUUUUCUCCCGAACAGGAGGAUCUUCAGUUUGUGGCACUGCCUUUGUUUCAGCAGUGUCAUUUGUCUUGGGGGGGGUAUUGCUGCUUGGCUCUGAGAGUGGGUGAGAUUGAAGACACCUGGAGUGAAGCGAGACAGGCAGCGGCUCUCUGACACAUGAUUUUCCACACAGAGUGUGUCUGCCGGGUCUAUGAGUGUUAUUAUUUUAAGUUUCAGCUGCAGCCCUGGUCAUUUCUGUGGCGCGAGGGGGCCGAGCUCUCAUUAGCCCGGUGAGAUGGAUCGCCUCAGGGCUGGAGGGCAAAAUGGGAUGAAGAAUAAAGGGCAAGACGGGUAUUGCUGGAGUGAUCGGUGGUGGUGUAUGAGCCGCACAUAUAUCCCUGCGCUGUUGUACUUUUGAUGUAGACGCUUUGCUCAAGUUACGUCAGUAAGACGAUGCUGCUAGAGAACUGGAACACAACCGAAGCCACAUCAGGCUGUAAAUGAAGCAAAUAAACCAUAUUUCAUAUGACUGUAUAAUAUGAAUGCGAAUUGCACAGAAGCUGGCAAAAUAUCCGGCCACCUACAGAAUCAAUUGUUGAUUUUGUUUCCAGACUAAAAUGUUUAUGACCAGCAUGCUGUCAGUGAUGCUGUGGUGAGUUCUCUGUGCGUGCCCUUCGGUGGCUGCCGAUGAUUGUUAUCAGCGGGGAAGUUGGAAUUUACGGCGCGCUGUGCCCCUUAGCUGUCGGGGAGAGCUGAUUGGUUCUUGUCGCAUGAAUCCCUGUGGCUUUAAACGAGCGCAUCCUGUGCCCACGAAACGGUAGUCCGUGACAUUUGGUCUGCAUGUUGAAAUACAAAAAAAUAAAUAAAAUAAAUGAAAUGCAUUUGAAAACGUAGCAAGUAAACAUUGUUUAUGUACUUAGCUAUUUUAUAGUCACUAAAAGAA